GUGGCUGUAAUAGACACACAAUCAGCCGGCUUCAAGGAAACCUAACUUCCUAGCCUUGACCCCAGUGCGUGGGCACCCGGGGGCCUUCCAGCUGCCUGCUGAUUCCUGAGGCCUGGGGUGUCCUCCCUGUGCAGAACUAAGAGGACAGUAAAUACAGAGCCUUUCCUUCUCACCUCAAAGGACGCGGUGAUGCCUCUGUCUCUGUUCCUGCGAGCAGCUUCCUGGAAAGCACCUCAGCCGAGCAGACAGGUCUCUACCUAUGUCACCAAGAUGCGGUACCUUUUCGAACUUAAAGAAGAUGACAAUGAAUGCCGAAAAGCCCAGAGUUCAGGAAUGUUUUACCUUUUCCAUAGCCUGGCUCCUUUGCUACAGAAGUCUGGGAACAGAUAUCUGGCCCCUCCAUUUAGGGCUUCAGAGUUAGAAAGGAUCAUGGGCAAGUUUGGGCAAGACGCACAGAAGAUAGACCACUCGGUCCUGAUUGGCUGCUCAGACCAGCACGAAGCGUGGUUCGCCUUGGAUCUCAGCCUGGGAAACCCCCAUUCCUCAGGUUCCUUGCAGAAGUCUGAAAUGGAAACUGAGCUCCAGGGUUCCUUUAUUGAGCUAAGAAAGGCUCUAUUCCAGCUGAAUGAGAAAGAUGCCACCUUGAUCUCCACGGCACAGGCCCUUCUCCGCUGGCAUGACUGCCAUCAGUUCUGUGGCAAAAGCGGGCAACCCACCCUGAAGAACGUGGCUGGCAGUAAACGAGUGUGCCCCGCUAGUAAGAUGAUCUAUUACCCCCAGAUGUCCCCCGUGGUGAUCACCCUGGUGUCUGAUGGGAGCCGAUGCCUGCUUGCCCGGCAAAGCUCCUUCCCUAAGGGGAUGUACAGUGCCCUGGCAGGGUUCUGUGACAUGGGUGAGACCCUGGAAGAGUCAGUCCGUCGGGAGGUGGCUGAAGAGGUGGGGCUGGAGGUGGAGAGCCUGCAGUAUUCAGCAUCCCAGCACUGGUCCUUCCCCAAUAGUUCCCUCAUGAUUGCAUGUCAUGCCACCGUGGGACCGGGGCAGACCGAGAUCCAAGUGAACUCCCAAGAGCUGGAGACAGCAGGCUGGUUCAGCCUGGAAGAGGUAGCCACGGCUCUUAGGAGAAAAGCACCACCUUCCCAUCAGCAAGAUGGCGCCAUCCCCUUCUGGUUGCCCCCCAAGGUGGCCAUUGCUCAUCAGUUGAUUUGGGAGUGGGUACAAAAGCAGAACUCUUCAAAUCUUGCUUAGCCCAGAUCAAGUUGCAUACAUCACUCUUCUACAUCCUUGGGGAACAUUUCAAAGAGAAGAGAUUGGAUGGAGGUGAUGUAACAGGGGCAGAAGGCAAACUCCAACCCAGCCUCCUGACAUAAGGGGCAGUGUGGUGUAGUGGAAAGAGCAUUAGACUUGGAGUCAGGAGGGAUCUGCAUAGGAAUCCCACCUCUGACUCUUCCUACUCGUUAGCAAGCCAUUUAUAACUUCACCGAGCCUCAGUUUUCUCUGUAGAAUGGGGAUAAUAAUAAUAGAACCUACCUCGUAGGGUUGUUGUGAGGAUCAAAUGAGGUGACAUAUCUUAAGGGUUUUGAAAACCUUACAGCUGAUGUUUAUAUAUAACACUUUUAUUAUUAUUAGGCCAGUGAUAUGAUGGGAGGCAAGCCUCUCUCUCUCAUGGCACACCUCAGUUAGGAGGAGAGUGAGAGGCCACACAAUUUAGUGAAUAGGAUGUUGGAUUUGAAGUCUGGUGAUAGGCUUCCACAUUUACCAGCUUGGUGACUGUCAGCAAAUUACUUAGCUUCUCCUAGCCUCUGUUCUCUUGUCUGUAAAGUGGGCAUAUUGAUACCUGCAUAUUCUACCUCAUAGGGUUAUUGUGAGGAAGGGAUUUUGCAGUGAGCAUUUGUGCCAGCACCUAAGACAGUCGGUGCUUACUAAAUGGUGAACAAAUGAUUAAAUAAAAGGAAAGAAGCAUUUUCCAGUGCCUACCAAAAAUGAUUCAAGGUCAGAGAGGGGACUCUGUUUAAAUAUCACCUUAAGAGUUGUUAAACUAUGUAUGCCUGUCGACCCAGCGAUAUCACCACUAUGUUUGUAUCCCCAGAGAGAUCAAAGAAACAGGAAAAAGAACCUACACAUACAAAAAUGUUUACAGCAUCUGUUUUUGUGAUAGCAAAGAACUGGAAACUGAGAUGAUGCCCAUCAUGUGGGAAAUGGUUAAACAAGUUAUGGUAUAUGGAAGUGACAGAUACUAUUGUGCUUUAAGAAAUGAUAAAAAGAAAUCUGGGAAGACUUGUAUAGAACUGAUACAAAGUGAAGAGAACAGAACCAGAGUGAUUUAUAUAAGGGCAACAAGAUUGAAAAGACAAAUAACUUUGAAAGAUUUAGGACCUUUGAUCAGUGUAAUUAUCAAUCAUGAUUCCAGAGGACUAAUGGAAAACACUUCCCACCUCCUGAUGGAGAGGUGAAGGGAUCAGAGUGCAGAAUGAGACAUACUGCUUUUUGGAUGGCCAAUGUUUCUCUUGACUAUAUAUGUUUGUUAACAAGU